AUGAGCUGCAUCGGAUACUGGGCCUCGUGGAUGAUGGACCCAAUAAUGCCUCUUUGUGGUGACCUUGGCGGGCUGGGCUGCUCCUUUUUAGUCUCAGCCGAUGCUCCUAGGAUCUUCUCAGCUCUAGGCCCCGCUAAAGUGAGUUGCUGGCCCAUCUCAAACAGGCCCAUUCUUUCCUCCUUCCUUCUCUGGGAUUCUCAUUCCUCUUUCCAGCUGGGUUCUCCUUCGUUGACCACCAGCGAUGACUGGAUGGCCUUUGUUGUAGCCUCCAGGUCAAUCGCCAGUCUGCGAGGAGAACUUUUUGCUUCCUUCUCCUGCUCUCUGUACCAUUGCCUGCCAUCAUGCUCCAUGAAGUUGCUAGAGGACACCCCCCCUUUGCAGAGUCCUGAACCCAAGUGGGCAGGCCAUCUCCAUUCUAUUGUCAGCGGGGGACAGAGUCAGAUGGGUUGA